ACCACAGGGCGCGGACCGCUCACUCACGUUGCGAAUCGUCAAGCGAGGAACUUCUUCACUGUCCUACACGAAGUGAAUUUUUACGAAACGAACAAAGCUCAAGCUCUGAAAUAAAAAUGGCGAAGGCACCCGCAGUUGGUAUCGAUCUUGGCACGACUUACUCCUGUGUCGGCGUUUUCCAGCACGGCAAGGUAGAGAUCAUCGCCAACGAUCAGGGAAAUCGCACGACGCCUAGUUAUGUGGCUUUCACGGAAACCGAGCGUCUCAUCGGAGACGCCGCCAAGAACCAAGUCGCCAUGAACCCGAAUAACACCAUUUUUGAUGCCAAGAGGUUGAUUGGUCGCCGCUUUGAGGAUCCAACCAUCCAGGCUGACAUGAAGCACUGGCCUUUCACCGUGGUAAACGACAAUGGCAAGCCAAAGAUCCAAGUACAGUAUAAAGGAGAGAUGAAGACUUUCUUCCCAGAAGAAGUGAGUUCGAUGGUCCUGGUCAAGAUGAAGGAGACCGCAGAGGCAUACCUAGGCAAAACCGUUAGCAAUGCUGUGAUCACCGUCCCCGCUUACUUCAACGACUCGCAGCGUCAGGCAACCAAGGACGCUGGUACCAUCUCGGGCUUGAACGUGCUGCGUAUCAUCAACGAGCCCACCGCCGCUGCAAUCGCGUACGGCCUCGACAAGAAGGCCACCGGCGAGCGGAACGUCCUAAUCUUCGAUCUCGGUGGUGGCACCUUCGACGUGUCCAUCCUGACCAUCGAGGACGGCAUCUUCGAGGUUAAGUCCACGGCCGGCGACACCCAUCUGGGUGGCGAGGACUUCGACAACCGCAUGGUCAAUCACUUUGUGCAGGAGUUCAAGCGCAAGUACAAAAAGGACCUGACCUCAAACAAGCGCGCGCUCCGUCGUCUGCGCACAGCCUGCGAGCGCGCGAAGCGUACUCUGUCGUCGUCCACGCAGGCCAGCAUCGAGAUCGAUUCGCUCUACGAGGGAAUCGACUUUUACACCUCCAUCACGCGAGCUCGCUUCGAGGAGCUCUGCGCCGAUCUGUUCCGCGGCACCCUCGAGCCCGUGGAGAAGUCGCUGCGCGACGCCAAGAUGGACAAGGCACAGAUCCAUGACAUCGUUCUAGUCGGCGGUUCCACCCGUAUCCCCAAGAUCCAGAAGCUCCUGCAGGACUUCUUCAACGGCAAGGAACUCAACAAGUCCAUCAACCCCGACGAGGCUGUGGCCUAUGGAGCGGCCGUGCAAGCGGCUAUCCUGCACGGCGACAAAUCCGAGGAAGUGCAGGACUUGCUUCUGCUCGACGUCACGCCGCUUUCUCUCGGCAUCGAGACCGCGGGCGGCGUCAUGACCGCGCUCAUCAAGAGGAACACCACCAUCCCGACGAAGCAGACUCAGACCUUCACGACGUACGCCGACAAUCAGCCGGGCGUGUUGAUUCAGGUGUACGAGGGUGAGCGCGCCAUGACGAAGGACAACAAUCUGCUGGGCAAGUUCGAGCUCAGCGGUAUCCCACCGGCGCCACGUGGAGUCCCUCAGAUCGAGGUCACCUUCGACAUCGACGCGAACGGCAUCCUCAACGUGUCCGCCGUGGACAAGUCCACCGGCAAGGAGAACAAGAUCACCAUCACCAACGACAAGGGCCGGCUCAGCAAGGAGGACAUCGAGAGGAUGGUGAACGAGGCGGAGAAGUACCGCAGCGAGGACGAGAAGCAGAAGGAGACGAUCGCGGCCAAGAACGGCCUCGAGUCUUACUGCUUCAACAUGAAGAGCACGGUCGAGGAUGAGAAGCUGAAGGACAAGAUCAGCGCGUCGGACAAGCAGACGAUCCUCGACAAGUGCAACGACAUCAUCAAGUGGCUUGAUGCGAAUCAGCUGGCCGACAAGGAGGAGUACGAGCAUAAGCAGAAGGAGCUCGAGGCCAUCUGCAAUCCCAUUGUCACGAAGUUGUACCAGGGCGCCGGUGGUAUGCCCGGCGGUAUGCCAGGCGGCUUCCCCGGUGCCGGCGGCGCUGCUCCCGGUGGAGCGCCCAGCGGUGGUGGCGCGUCCGGACCCACCAUCGAGGAAGUCGAUUAAGUUGAAUCUCUGGCUAGAUAAUGAAUUAACGUAUCCCCGAGAAUAUAUAUCGCAGAUACAAACAUGGCGAAUCGAUACAUUUGAUUUAAUUAAUUGCAACGUAACGUGUGAUGGAAACGACAUCAUAUUAUGGCGUCGCUUUUGCUAUAAAUGGCGUUAAAGCCGAUUGAAUAAAGUAUAUUAAUUACUCACGUUUGCAGUUGGGAUACAUAUUUUUGACGCUAUGUUAUUGAUCUUCUAUGUUGCGUCUUACGAACUUUGAAAUAUAGAAGAUUCCCAAAAUUUAAAUCUGCGUUUUUCUUCUACCUGAUGAACAUAUAGAGCUAGCACAACAUUUAGCGCCGAUAUGAUCACAAUUGUUACAACGUUGAAUAAUUAAGUUGCAAAGUAUUAAUUUUAUUUUUGAUUCCCGAUUAUAAUACUUGUUAACUUUAAUUCAUCUAUUUUCAAACAAAAAAUAAAAUUUUUUCUACCUUA